CUUGAUUCCAACUUGCCGAAGCAACCUCACGUCCGGAAAGCGGCUCGAGUUUGCACGUCUACCGCAACCCUUCUCCGCUCCCACAUCCUCACUCCAACGUCACAAUGGCUGCCUCUGUAUGUCAAUUGCAUUCCUGUUGCCUUUCUUUGCUGGUGGCUAGGGGUUAUGGUUUCGCUGACUGCCAAUCUACAGCGUAGCGCCGCUCUGAAGAUCGACUGGGCCAAGGUGACCAGCUCGUUGGGCCUUCGCGGCCAGACGGCUGCGUCGCUGCAGGCUUUCAAGAAGCGCAACGACGAUGCUCGCCGCAAGGUCCAGAUGCUGUCUGAGCAGCCCCAGACGGUCGACUUCGACUACUACCGCAAGGUCCUGAAAAACCAGAAGAUCGUCGAUGAGAUCGAGAACCACUUCAAGAACUUCAAGCCUGCCACCUACGAUUUGAACCGCCAGCUCAAGGCUAUCGAGGCCUUUGAGGCCCAGGCUCUGAAGAGCGCCGAGGAGACUAAGGGCAAGGUUGAGGCCGAGCUGGCCAACCUGAAGAAGACUCUGGAGAACAUUGAGACUGCCAGACCCUUCGAUGAACUCACUGUGGUAUGUGGCUUUGCAUCGCGACGGGAUCGCGGGUUUCCCAGUUUCACGCGGAUGCUGAUGAGCCUUUCUGUACAGGACGAGGUUGCCGCCGCUCAGCCCGAGAUCGACGAGAAGACCGCGUCGCUGGUGUCCAAGGGCAAGUGGAUGCCACCGGGCUACAAGGUUCGUGUUCACUGCCGUCAUUUUCUCCGUGUGUGUUAUUCUACAGUUUGCUAA